AUGGGCAACUCCAGCAUCUUCCUCUGCGCCCUGUUCCUCUGUGGGGCACUGGGUCUCACCACUUCCCCUGCCCAGGGACAGCUUCACUGUUACACCUGCAGCUUUGCCAAGCCCUGCUACCCUGUUCCCACAGAGUGUCAGGAUGAUGACGCUUGUGGCAUCACUGUUGGCACCUCAGACCAGAAUGAGAUCAUCGAGCGGAAAGGCUGCCUCCCAAGGGCCCAGUGCCCUCUGCCAGGUCAUGCCAUCUACUGGUCACGUGCCUAUGUUCUGCAGCACCACUGCUGCGAGCAGGACCUGUGCAACUCAGCCGUCACAGCACAGUGGCUUCCCAGUCUCCUUCUCACCACCCUGCUCCUCCUGGUGGCCAGUUUCAUCUGGGGAGGCCAACUCCUCCAUUAG